AUGCAUCCACACGCCAAGUGUGAAAUCCGAAAGUUCCUUUUUUGACAUGGCUUUUCUUUCCAUAUUGUAAAUAUUUGUGUUAGAACUGAAAAAUCCUUUUCUGUCGAUCGAGAGAGUCGACUCCAAAGUCUACGACGUACGAAUUGGUGCUCAAAAGGAUAUCACCCUUCGUAUAUAAACAUAGACAGACCCCUUCUGCCUCCUAGCUAUCACAUGCGCCCCAAGUGUGUUAUUCAUAAAUAAGAUCCUUUUUCAACAUGGCUAUUUUCUCGGAUAGUUUUUUCAAUUGUUGGGUUCUUCUUUUAUUUUCUACUCUUUCUUGCUCUUUAUUUGUAUCUGGUGUAAAAUUAGAUGCUGAGUAUGUGGUUAAAAUGCAACCGUUGCAACCUAGCACGGUUUGUUCCUUGUCUAAAGAUUCAAAUCUGUCGAGGCUACUGACUGUCAUCCAUCGGUACGGGCCGUGCUCACCGCUCCAAACGGAGGAAAAACCGUCGCACGAGCAAAUCAUUGACAAAGACCGAACUCGAGUCGACUCGCUCCACCAUCGUCUUUCUACCGCAUCCAAUAUCGCUGGCAAAGAUGGCUUGCUGGACGUGUCGAUCCCUGCCCACACCGGAAACUUACUUAGUACCGGCAACUACAUCGUGAAUGUGGGCAUCGGAACUCCUAAACAGGACUUCUCCGUGGUCUUUGACACCGGCAGCGACGUCUCCUGGUUCCAGUGCAACCCGUGCAACGAUUGUUACCUACAAAACGACCCGCUCUUCGAACCGGCCAAAUCAUCCACAUACAGCAGCAUCGGCUGCGGCUCGUCUGAGUGCACGCAACUCGACACGCACAGCUGCUCUGCCAAUGCGGAAUGCCGCUACGAUAUUGAAUACAGCGACAACUCCAGGUCCACGGGGAACUUCGGCCGCGACACGCUGACUCUGAGUCCCUCCGACUUGCUGCCAAACUUUACGUUCGGUUGCGGCGACAGCAACAGCGGACUUUUCGGUCGGGCCGACGGUCUGAUUGGCUUAGGCCGUGAGAAGUCCUCGCUGAUUUCACAGGCGUCGCAAAAGUACGGUGCAAUCUUCUCCUACUGCCUCCCGUCACUCUCAAGCUCGACUGGCUACCUGUCGAUUGGCAGUGGCAGUGCGGUACCGCCGAACGUGCGAUACACCAGGAUGGUAAGCUACGCAAGCGAUUCAUCAUCGUACUACGUAAAACUCGUGCGGAUCAAAGUCGGAGGCAAGAAACUAGAUAUAAGCCAGACGGUGUUGUCAGGAGCCGGAACGGUGAUGGACUCCGGGACGGUGAUCACCAGACUGCCGCAGGCUGCUUACUCUGCGAUGCGCGCGGUGUUCCGCCAGCACAUGACGCACUAUAAGGCGGCGCCGGCGCUGUCGAUACUGGACACGUGUUACAACGUGAGCGGGCACGACGAGGUGUGGGUGCCGGCGGUGGAGCUGGUGUUCGACAGCGGGGCGAGCCUCAAUUUGGGGUUCGACGGGAUAAUGUAUGGCAGCCCAUCGCAGGCUUGUUUAGCAUUUGCUGGCAACACGAAGGCCGACGAAGUGAGCAUCAUCGGAAACACGCAGCAGAGGAAGUUCACCGUCGUUUAUGAUAUCUCCGAUCAAAGGAUUGGGUUCGGUGCCAACGGCUGUAGCUGAUUUUUUUUUUUUUUUUUUUUU